AUGGCGAUCUCCACCUCCUCUGGCUCCAAUUCGAUCGGCUUCCCUCUUUCCCCCUCUUCCUCGAGUUCGUCCGUCUCCUCCCUCGACCCCAUCUCCGAGAGCCGAAAGCCGACGCCGGAAUACAACCCGACGGCGUCGCACGAGGAAGAGCUGGAGGAGAGUAGCGACGACCACUUCUCCUGGGACAGAGUCGAUUCCUCCUCGGAAGAGGAAAUCAACUCCUCCUCUGACGAAGACGACCCGAUGGCCGGAAGCGCCUUCCGAUUCCUCGGCUCCUCCUCCGAGGACAGCAAGGAGGAAAGCAACGGCGGCGGCGGCUGGAGCAGCGAUGACGAGGCCAGCGACGGCAGCAGUGCCGACAAGAGCGGCGGCGGCGACGACGACGGCGACGACAGUGACGGCGGAAACGUGCCGGCGCGAAGCCCCAAGCAUCGUAGGCACCUAGGUACCUACAGGUGGUAG